AUGCCUGUUCGACCAUCCAGCCGAUCCGGCGCGUCCGCCGCGAUCCUCCCUGACGCCCAUACAAUCGACCCCAUCGACGACACAAUGAACCUCGAUGUCCCCGAACAGCUCCUGACACCCGAGCACAGCCGCUCCGAGACAUCCAGCAACAAUGAAAACGCGUUACCCGACGAGAAACCCGCACGGCGGACAUCAACACGAACGAAACGCGUUUCGCUGCGAGCGGCCGAGGCUCUCGUCAACACGCCCGCCCCAAGCGAUAAGUCUACACCCACGCCGAGUGAGGCUUACGUCGACAGCCUUGCGAAGGCGAAGCGGUCGAAAUCCUCUCUGCGGCAUAGUAUUGCCGUGAUGGAGUCGUCCCUGUGGAAGGUGGCCCCGGAUGAAGAUGACACCGCAAUGGCCCCCGCGACCCCGAUUUCGAGUUCCUCACAGGAGCUCCCGCCAGAUGAGGGGGCCUCGUCCCUCCAGCAGCGGACAUUGCGGAAACGCGUGGAGAAGGCCCUGGCCAAGGAAGAAGGACCGACCAGGACUAAGGCUGCUCCUUCGAGACGCCAUUCUAUGCGACGGUCGUCUCGUCUUAGUGUGCUGGCGUCUGAUUUGGUGGGCAGAGCCAGCAGCGUUCUUGGGAAACGUUCGAGAGAAAUGGGAGAAUUAGGAAAGGACCUUGGCCGACGUGCCAGUCUUCGGCCGCGAAAUGCCGCCCCGCUGAAGGAGGAGCCGGCACCUGAGCCAUCCGUGAAGAAAAGGCGCGUCUCCGAGAGCGACCUCUCGAAGCUGCAAUCCAAGGACGCGCCACCGUCUGAAGAACCUGCCGCACCCACCGUGCCUCGUUAUAAACCCAAGCGGUGGCUGUCUCAUGGGCUGUACACAGGCCAGGAACCAAGCGAUUCGCCGCCAAAACAACGGCGGAGCAAGAACUCCAAGAAAACCGGUACUGGACCUAUGCAGCGGAAGGUUCUCCCCAUGCCCAUGUUUGCAGGCUCUCGGCUGCUGAAGACUGGGAGGGAUUUCCAGCUUCCCUUUGAUGUUUUCUCUCCACUUCCUCCCGGCCAACCCAAGCCGGAUGAAUGGCGGAAGACCAACAAGAAUGUCUUUGUGGGAGAUGCUGCGAGCUUUUGGAAGGUGAACAAGAAUCUGGAACUUUCGAAGUGUAUGUGCGACGAAGACACCGGCUGUGAUGAAAACUGUCAAAAUCGCUACAUGUUUUAUGAGUGCGACAAUGGGAACUGCCGGCUGGGCCCUGAGUGCGGCAAUCGAAGCUUCGCGGAGCUCAAGAAGCGAACCAAGGCCGGCGGCAAGUACAAUGUCGGGGUGGAGGUUAUCAAGACCCCUGAUCGAGGAUAUGGAGUCCGCAGCAACCGCUCCUUCGAGCCCAAUCAGAUUAUUGUGGAGUACACGGGAGAAAUCAUCACGCAGUUUGAAUGUGAGCGAAGGAUGAGGAAUGUCUACAAGAACAAUGAGGUUGGUAGGCCCCUUUUUGACCGUGGGCCGGUUGCUGAUGCGAGCUUGCAGUGCUAUUAUCUCAUGUAUUUCGAUCAAAACAUGAUCAUCGAUGCUACACGCGGUUCUAUCGCACGCUUUGUUAAUCACUCCUGCGAGCCUAAUUGCCGCAUGGAGAAAUGGACCGUUGCUGGAAAGCCGCGCAUGGCACUCUUUGCAGGGGAUCAUGGAAUCAUGACAGGAGAGGAGUUGAGCUACGACUACAACUUUGACCCGUACUCCAACAAGAAUGUCCAACAGUGUCGCUGUGGGGCGUCCAAUUGCCGGGGUAUUCUGGGCCCGCGCCCGAAGGACAAGGACCGUGUCAAGGAACUUGCGGACAAGCCAUUAAAGAAGGCAAAGAAGGUCGCCGGCACAAAACGCAAGAUUGCAGAUGCAGUUGAUAGCGCGCCGUCGCGCGGAGGCAAGAGGCGCAAGCUUCUGACUGGUGUUAAGAAAGCCAUCAAGAAGACCAGACGCGGAAAAGCAGCGAAAGAGACCACUGCUACUUCCAAGACCACUGGGCGGGGUCGAGUUGCAGCCAAAAACGUGAAACUGCCCACUGUCAAAGCCACUUCCCGGGUUAAGGCAACAGUUCGUGGUCCCCGCAAGAACGCAGCGGCGGCAGCUAAAGCAACACUGGCUUCCCCGACAAAACUCAAGCGUCCUUCUCCCGAGACCAAGAAGAAGAUCAUUGCUGCUGCUUCCCGGGGCUCCAAGGGCGGGAGACCCAAGAAGACGACCGGGGUGACUUCUCCUCGCAAGCCUGCUGCGAAGUCUCCAGCCAAGAGUCCGGUCAACAACAAAGUGACUAAAACCACUGCUGCGAAAGCUUCGAGCCCCGUUAAGGGGAAGGGCUGGCGCAAAGGCGUGAAGUCUGCUGCGCGGAGCGUUGUACGGUCUGUCAAGGAAGCGAGGAAGUAG